UCGGGUUUUGAACCCAGACCGUGGAAAUCGGGUCGGGGAAGUCAUUCGGGUCGAAGCCAACGAGACUUUACCGUGCGACAUGGUUCUACUAUCCACAUCCGACCCGACAGGAGUCGCAUAUGUACAAACUAUUAAUCUAGAUGGCGAGUCCAAUCUCAAGACCCGUUAUGCUAAGCAAGAGACCCAAUUGGUCCCGCCUAAUCGGGUUUCGGGUCUUAUGAGAUGCGAAAAGCCGAACCGCAACAUAUACGGGUUCCAGGCGAAUGUGGAUAUAGACGGUAAACGGGUAUCUCUUGGACCGGGCAACAUAAUUUUAAGAGGAUGCGAGCUGAAGAAUACGGAUUGGGUUAUCGGGGUUGCGGUCUACACGGGUCAGGAGACCAAAGUGAUGCUUAACAGUUCCGGUGCGCCAUCGAAGCGGAGCCGGUUAGAGGCCCACAUGAACCGUGAAACGAUUCUACUAGCCGUUGCAUUGUUCAUACUGUGCACAAUUGUUACCAUACUUGCGGGGUUUUGGCUCAACAGGCACAAGGACCAGCUAGAUUAUUUGCCGUACUAUAGAAAAAAUGAUUAUUCUGGAAACGGGAUUGGAAAAUAUGAUUACUAUGGAAUUGGAUGGGAGAUAGUGUUCACAUUCUUCAUGUCGGUGAUUCAGUUUCAAGUGAUGAUACCGAUCGCGCUGUUCAUAUCGAUGGAGAUGGUGAGAUUGGGGCAGGCUUAUUUCAUGAUAAAUGACAAGGAGAUGUAUCAUGCGGCUACGGAUUCGAGGUUUCAGUGUAGAGCAUUGAAUAUAAAUGAGGAUUUGGGGCAGAUUAAGUAUGUCUUUUCGGACAAAACAGGGACUUUGACAGAGAAUAAGAUGGAGUUUCAGUGUGCAAGUGUAAGGGGAGUUGAUUAUAGCGGCAAUGGAGAUCAAGAGGAUGGUGCUUCUGUGUUAGUGGGUGGACAGGUGUGGAGGCCAAAAACGAAAGUUAAACCUGACCCUGAGCUUCUCCACCUACUAAAGCAUGGGUCAAGCACGGAAAAGGGAACUCGAGCAAGAGACUUCAUUCUUGGAUUAGCAGCCUGCAACACGAUUGUACCAAUAAUUUUUGACACUUCUGAUCCUACGCAAAAGUUAAUUGAGUAUCAGGGCGAGUCGCCUGAUGAACAAGCUCUAGUUUAUGCUGCUGCUGCUUAUGGAUUCACGCUUAUUGAACGGACAUCAGGGCACAUUGUUAUCGAUGUUCUUGGUCAGAGACAAAGGUUUGAAGUGUUGGGCCUUCAUGAGUUUGAUAGUGACCGCAAGAGGAUGUCAGUUAUAGUUGGCUGUCCUGAUAAGACUGUUAGGUUAUUCGUGAAAGGAGCAGACAGUUCGAUGUUUGGAGUCAUAGACAAAUCCCUGGAUCUUGAUGCAAUUCAUGCAACAGAGACCCAUCUUCACAAAUAUUCAUCAAUGGGUUUGAGAACACUGGUUAUUGGUAUGCGGGAAUUAAGUUCAACAGAGUUUGGGGAAUGGCAGUCUGCUUAUGAGAGAGCAAACACAGCAUUGUUAGGGAGAGGAGGCCUAUUAAGAGCUGUUGCAGCCAAUAUUGAAUGCAAUCUCCAAUUAUUAGGAGCCUCAGGAAUUGAGGAUAAGCUGCAACAAGGUGUGCCUGAAGCCAUAGAGUCUCUGAGACAAGCAGGGAUUAAGGUCUGGGUUUUAACAGGCGAUAAGCAAGAGACCGCCAUUUCCAUUGGAUAUUCUUGUAAGCUCCUGUCAAGUGAAAUGACCCAGAUUAUUAUAAACAGCCGUUCCAAGGAAUCAUGUAGAAAAAGUCUAGAAGACGCGAUCGCCAUGUGUAAGAAGUUGGCGGCAAUGUCUCCUGCAGCACAAGAUAAUGGUUUUGGGAGUCGCUCUACAAGAAUUCGUCUCGCUUUGAUCAUAGAUGGUACCAGUCUUGUAUAUAUUCUAGAGACUGAAUUAGAAGAACAGCUUUUCAAAGUGGCUACUGCGUGUGAUGUUGUAUUAUGUUGCCGGGUGGCUCCAUUGCAGAAGGCUGGAAUAGUUGCUAUUAUCAAGAAUCGCACAGAUGAUAUGACUCUUGCAAUUGGAGAUGGUGCUAAUGAUGUUUCAAUGAUCCAAAUGGCUGACAUUGGCAUUGGCAUUAGUGGUCAAGAAGGACGGCAAGCUGUUAUGGCUUCAGAUUUCGCCAUGGGGCAGUUCAGAUUCUUAGUGCCACUUCUGCUGGUUCAUGGUCAUUGGAAUUACCAGAGAAUGGCAUACAUGAUUUUGUACAAUUUUUACAGGAAUGCUGUAUUCGUUUACAUGCUUUUCUGGUAUGUACUUUGCACAGCCUUCAGUUUAACAACUGCAAUCACAGAAUGGAGUAGCGUGCUAUAUUCUGUGAUCUAUACUGCUCUCCCAACCAUCAUUGUUGGAAUUCUCGACAAGGAUUUAAGUAGGAAGACACUACUUAAAUAUCCCCAACUCUAUGGGUCUGGUCAGAGAGAAGAAAGAUACAACCUAAAGCUAUUCAUUCUUACUAUGAUUGAUACCAUCUGGCAGAGCUUAGCUAUAUUCUUCAUCCCUUAUCUAGCAUAUAGACAGAGUGACAUUGAUGGCUCCAGCAUUGGGGACUUGUGGACGCUUGCAGUGGUCAUCAUUGUUAACAUUCACUUGGCUAUGGAUGUUUUUCGGUGGACUUGGUUGACUCAUGCUUCCAUCUGGGGUUGUAUAGUUGCAACAGUCAUUUGUGUCAUCAUCAUAGAUGCAAUACCUAUGCUACGGGGAUUCUGGGCUAUCUUCCAUGUUAUGGGAACUGGAUUGUUCUGGUUGCUCUUGCUUUGUGUAAUCAUAACAGCAAUGGUUCCAAGGCUCGCAAUGAAGGUAAUUACCGAGUAUUUCAUGCCUAGCGAUAUUCAAAUUGCAAGAGAAUUAGAGAAAUUUGGCGGUGUAAAUGCAACGAAUACAUCAGAAAUCCCAAUGAGCACUUUUUCACACUCCUAGCUAUAAUUCAGGCGCUGUGAGUUCUUUUUGUUCUUAUAGGUUUUUUCCUUUUUCCUUUUUCUUUUAUGUGUGUAUAUUAGCCUAUUCUUUCAGCUUAGCUUCGGAUUUCUCACCGAUUGCGAGGUUUUUGUUACCUAUCCGAAGGGGUAGAUUUGUAUUCCCUGCAGUGUUGUGAAUUAUUUGUAACAAAAAAAUUAUAGGAAGAGCAAAGUAGUUUAUACAAAAAAAUACCUUCAUUUUUUCCCUUCCCCUUGUACAAGGAUCUUAUGUAUUCAACAUGAUUUAUAUAUAAUACUGAUUUUUGUGCAUA